AUCUUCCCCAGCACUGUGUCCCCCUGGGCGUGUCCUGAGGAGCCGGGCUCCCAGCUCCGGAUGCGUGGGCCUGGCCCGGACACCCAGAGCCCUGCUGCAGAGACCCCAGGCAGGGGCCCCCGCGCUGCCUCACCCAGAACAAGUGGGUAACAGCAGCUGUAGCUCCAUGGCUUCCUGUGGACGGACACCUGGAUGGGAGCAGCCAGGCGGAGAGGCUGAGGAGCCAUUGAGGUCUUAGGAAUGAACUCCUGAAUUAACAGCGUUCUUUGUGAGCAGACUCGCUACCUACCUGGAAAUCAACGAGCAGCUGCGGCCGGCGGCCUCCCGCCCCUAGAACCCUGCCUCUGGUGCCGCCUUGGUAGUCCCGAGGCCGCUCUGGCAGCCUACCCCAGCCACCAGUGCAGCUUUGAGCUCUGCGCUCGCGGACGGGACACUGCCUCUCCCCCGGCUCGGAAAGCAUCGCCCUACUUUGGGCUUGCAGCACCUGGCUCAGCCGCUGUCAACGAGCGAAUCUCCUCCUGUUGAGGGGGAGGAGAGGGCCUGGCCGGGCGUGGCGGGUAUGGGGCAGGGGGACACCACUUGCUUUGCCAGCUGCCUUUGACCCCGGGUGUUUCCCUCCCCGAACCUGCUCCUUUUCGCUAGGCAUGUUGCCGGUAAAGAAAAGCAAGCUGCGGAAGCGGAGGACAGUCGGCGGCUCGGCCAUGCCAAGCCCUGGCGUCCGUGCCACCUUGCCCCGGGCCAUAGCAGAGCGUGCCGCGGGCGCUUUCCCCUUCGCCGUAGCCAGUGCUGCCGAUGCCCACCUCCGCCAUCUGCCUCUGGGCCCCGACCAUGAGCACGUCCCCGAGAUCGAGAUCAAGCUGGAGUUUAGCGACGAGGAGGAGGAGGGCCAUGAGGGCGGCAUGCUGGGAUUCAUGGCGGCCUGUGGGGCAGGGAACCAUGAGAGGAGGACGGCAGAGCUGGCUCCCCGAGGUGCGGGCAGCCAGCCUCGCGUCACAGCCGGCUGGCAACCCCCUUCCUCUGUGCUGGGUGUAGACAAGGCUCUCCUGGAGGGAUGGGCAGCGAAGCGCCCCGCACCUCCGGCCUUCGGCCUCCCCAUCCGCACCCGGCGCCGCAAGACCACCUCCGAGGUGUGGCAGUUCUUCUCCCCGGACGCCAGUGACCCCUGCCGGGCCGUCUGCACCCUGUGCCAGGCCAGCGUCGGGCGCGGCAAGCUGAGGGGCCACUGCAACACCACCGCCCUCAAGCGCCAUCUGGAGGGCAAGCACCCGCUGGAGUGGGGGCAGAGGAAGAGAGCAGGGGGCAGGGCCCAGGAGGAGGAGGAGAAUGAGGAGGAGGAGGAAGAACAGGUGGCGAAGGAGUUUCCCUCGCAGGACACUGUGUUUGGCACCAGCCAUGCUCUGUGCUCCCCCGCCCAAGCCUUCAGCAGGGCGCCCCCCCAAGUGCCCCAGGGCGCCCCCCGCUUCCUGUACGUGAUCAGCGACUCCAGUGAGGAAGAGGAGGAGGAGGAGGGGCGGGGAAGGGCAGGCACCCCAGUCACUGACUCCUCCCCAGAGUCCAGCGAGGAGGAAAGCAGCGAGAAUAGCAAGCUGCUCCCCCAGGGCAGGGAGAGGGGCAUGAAGGGCAGCGCCCAAGCGGGGCACCCCAAGCCGGACCUGGCCACACCCUACCUGGAGAUGCUAGUGGGCCAGGGGCUCCCCAAGUCCGGGCAGCUCAGCCUCCCCAACCACCCACUGGUGCCACCGGGCACGAAGCGCCGCAAGUCCACCUCGGCCGUCUGGCAGUUCUUCUACAUCGACUGCAGCAACGUGUGCCGGGCCGUCUGCACCCUGUGCCAGGCCAGCGUCAGCCGCGGCAAACUGGGCAGCCACUUCGGCACCUCGGCCCUCAUGCGCCACCUGGAGGGCAAGCACCCACUGGAGUGGGGGCGGGGGCGGGCUGCUGGCGCUCCUGCCACCCCUCCCGGCAGCGCCCGGUCCCAGAGGCUGAGCCUGGGGCCGGCGGAGGACGAAGAGCCCGUGGAGGACCUGUCUCUGACGUCGCCCGCAGCGUCGGACCCCCUGAGAUUGCCCUGCGUCAGCCCUGGCGGGGCCCCAGCUCCCGUUUGUGACAGCUGGCAGAGUGAGGCACCCCCCGAAGGCAAGGCGGAGAAAGCCCUGCCCGCCCCAGCUGCCCCACUGCCCCCCAGCAAGAACCAAGCCGGCCUGGCCGAGCGGGGCGGGGACGUGCCCGGCAAAUACACCCCCAACCACCCGCAGGCGCAGGCCUGGAACCGCAGCAUUGCCGAGCUGCUGUGUGGCAUGGCCCUGCCCUGCUCCUUCGUCUCGGCCAAGCCCUUCCACCGGUUCAUGGCUCAGGCUGACCCACGCUACCACAUCCCCUCGCCGGCCUUCUUCUCCCGCAAAGCAGUGCCCCAGCUGUGCCAGGCUGUCGGCCUGGGCCUGGCCCUGGAGCUGCAGCAGACCAGCUUCAGCCGGGUGCACCUCAGCGCCCACGUGUGGGCCCAGGGGCCGGCCGGGGAGCACCUGGCGCUGGCAGCGCACUGGCUGGCGCCCCGCUCGGAGUCAGGCCAGCACCAGCCAUGCAGCCAGCGCAGGCAGGCGGUGCUGUGCGUGCAGGCGCUGCAGGGGGAGCAGGCGCUGGGUGGCGUGCAGCAGGCGUUGGCCGAGCAGCUCCAGCUGUGGCUGGCCCAGAACUCCCUGAGCCCCGGCUUCCUGGUCUCGGGCGGCAGCCCUGGCGUGGAGCGGGCCGCGAAGGACGGCGGCCACACCCACAUCCCCUGCUUCGCUCACUGCCUGAGCCAGCUGGUGCUGGGCUUCCUGCGCCUCCACCGCAGCAUCGAGGGCACACUGGGGGCGGCCCGCGCCAUCUGCGCCCACUUCGCCCGCUCCCCAGAGGCCAGGAGGGGGCUGGCGGAGCUGCAGCGGCAGCACGGCUUGGCCCCGCGCCGGCUGAAGCAGGAGGCCACGGCGCGCUGGGACUCCACCUACUACAUGCUGGAGCGGCUGCUGGCGCUGCAGCCGGCUGUGCAGGAGUACGUGGGCAAGCGCCGGAUGGGCGAGGCUGGCCUGGCCCUGAGCGCCACACAGUGGACGCUGAUGCGCAGCCUGGUGGAGCUGCUGCAGCCCUUCGAGAUGGCUGUGCGGGAGGCGAGCGCGGCCGACGCCUCACUGAGCCAGGUGCUGCCGCAGGUGCGCUACCUGCACAUCUUCCUCCAGCAGAUCCGCCUGCGCUUCGAGAGCCAGGCCGGGGAGGGGGCUGGCUCCGCCGUUCGCCUGGCCGAGAGCCUGGCCCUGCAGUUCUCCACCGAGCCCCGGAUCAGCGAGAUGUUCCACCGCCAGGAGUACGUGCUGGCCACGCUGCUCGACCCCCGCUUCAAGGGCAGGAUGGACGCCAUCCUGCCGCUGGGCUCCGACCUCGACCACUGGAAGCAGCUGCUGGUCCGGAAGGUCAAGGAGCUCCUGGCCUCACCCCCCGGCUGCCCUUCCUCCCCCUGGAACGCCCAGCCCGGCAAGGCCUUCUGCGUGGACACGGCCCCACAGCCCCGGGAGGCAGAGACGGGGCCAGGGGAGCCCCAUCGGGACAGGGGGCCGAGCUCCGCGGUGCCUCCACUGAUCCAGAAGGAGAAGACCCUGACCGAGCACCUGGAGAGCGUGGGACUGCUGGCGUCUGAGGGCCGCGGGGCCUCCCUCCCCACCGAGAGCCACUCGGCCUGUGUGAUGGUGGAGAGGUACCUGCGCGACAACCAGACCAUCGGGGCCCGGGAGGACCCGCUGGGGUACUGGGAGAAGCGGCACUGGCUCUGGCCGGCCUUGGCCAAGGUGGCCAUGCUCUACCUGUCCUGCCCACCCUCGGGGGCCUUCUCCGAGCGCAUCUUCACCGCCCCAGACAGCCCCUUCUCCGAGAGGCGCCUCCCGCAGGGGGAGAGCGGGGAGCGCCUCGUCUUUCUGAAAGCCAACCUGGGGAACUUCCCCGACUACCCCCCGCCGCCCCUCAUCUGCUCGGAGAACGACAGCGCGGGCAGCAGCAGCGGGGAGGAGGGGACCCGGCCGGCUUAGAGACCGUCUCCAAGAUACAGGCAGCGGGGCACCCGCCCGUCUCCGGGGUACGCCACUGGGCCCUUGUGGGGCAGAGAUGGCUGAAGGGGGAGGGUACAGCUCCCCUAUGGGCCCUGCUGCGCUCGGUGUGUCUCCUAACCAUGGGCCGUUUGGUCUCAGUCGCUAUAAAGAGGACAGUGACCAGUUCUCCACUGGAGGUCGGACAAGAAGCAAUGGGCUUAAUCUGCAGCCAGGGGGA